GCGCGUACCUCAGGCGCUGCCCCGCGGGCCCGGAGCCGCUUCCCGCGCACGGCCGGGCCGCCUCACGGCGCCUCACGGCUGGGCCGGUCCCGUCCCGUCCCGUCCCCGUGCCCCCGGAGCCGAGCGGAGCGGGACCGUUGCAGCGGCAGCCGCCGGGAGCGGCGGGGCUGAGCUCGGCGGGGACCCCGCGGCUGAGCAGCCCCGAGCCGGGCCGGGUCGCGCAGGGCCCCGGCGGCGCCCCCGGGCUCCCGUCAGGCGCCGGCCCCGUGCCGGGCGCUGCUUCCCGCCCAGCCGCCGCCUCAGCGCCGAAGUCCGUGCUGGUGAGGGGCGGUGCGGAUCCGCUGGGUUCGGCUCCCUCGUGCCGUUAGUCCGUGCAGUGCCGGUCUCUUGCUUACUGUUGGACUUCAACAGACCUAAUCCGUGAAGAUAAUUAAAGUUCCUUUGCUGAAUGCUGAUGGAAAUGAGCCUGUUCAAAAUGCGGUCUGCCAGUUUUAAGCAGAGUGGUUGUGCCAGUCACAGAUGGAUUUAAAAGAAUAGCCUCAUGUAAACAAGAAAAGAAAGGAAGAUUCUCCUGAGAGCAGGAAGCUCCACUUUAAAGUAUGUCUGUUAAAUCCUGUGGCCUGUGGAACAUCCAUCAGACCUUUCUGUGAAUUCUUCAUAAGGAUUAAGUAAUAUCAAGUGACUUUCUAAAAUCAAGAAUAACACUCAGUUUCCGAAUGCUGCUAUCCUAUCACCACUGCCUUCUAUUGCUGUUACCUGUAAUGGAGGAAACUGCAGGAAGCUGACAGUAGCUGAUCCUGUCAAGUACAUGCAGUGCAUCCACGCAGCAAAAUCAAUUACGCUAAAAAACGUGAUAAUGGCUCCACUACCCAAUGCUGAAUUAGUUCAGAACUCUUUGCAAUUAUAUCGUUACCUGCUUCGAUGCUGUAAGCAACUUCCUGAAGAGAAUAUUCGUCAGCAUUACAGACAUGCAAUCAGGCAGAGUUUCAAAGUUCAUGCGGAUGAAGACAAUCCUGAAAGGAUCCAGCAAAUUAUUAAGAGAGCCAUUGAAGAUGCCGACUGGGUCAUGAAUAAAUAUAAAAAACAGAAGUAGAAGAAGGAUGAAGACAGAAAUGUCAUUGGUGCCUGCCCCCUGUGACCCUAGGCUCUAAAAUCCCAUGAAAACAGUUGCCAUUCAGACGGGUUCUGUGCACUCCAUGGUAUGAUCACUGGAAAUAUGUAGUCUUGUGCAGAUAUAAAGGCUUUCACAGCUUUUUGCAAUGUGUAAUAAAUGGCAUUUAAAAACAUGA